UGUUGUAGGUAUGCAGAAUUUCGUCUGUCAAGAUGAUGGUUGGUCGGAGUGCGGUUGUCGUUGCAGCAUUUAUGCUCGUGGCAAUUCUAGUAGAAGAUGCCGAAUGCGACAGUAAAUUGAGGCUCUGUCACGAAAUAGAAUGCCCCCAAGAUGCUGCAUCGUGCACGAAAUCGUUUACAGCCAGUCCGGAUAACAAAAAACUCAUAACCACGUAUUCGUGCGAUGGACCCGAUGGAUCUGUUAUAACGAGUAAAGUAAACGAAGAAGUGAACAAACAAUUUGAUACAAAGGUCCAUCAACCGUACAAAAUCACAAAGCAAUUUUUGGUUAUAUAAUUUUUUUUUAUAUAUUAUAUAAGCUUAAAUUCCAAAGAGCUUCAUAAUAAUUCGUGAUAUGUGCAUAAAUAUUUCUGUAAUAAAUUAAUUGUAAGCUG